AUGACAACUCGCGCUACUUAUCUUAAAGAUUUGAGAGCACACCAAGAGAGCAUGGGACUUGAAAUUCACGAUUUUACUGAAGAGAGUGAUAAUAAUUCAGUUAGUGACAUUCCGAAUAUGAGUACUGGUACUGACUAUGAACGUAGUAGCUUUGAAGAUCAUGAGCUCGGUUCCAUUAUAGGGGACAGUAACGAGGAUGAAAGUAUCGACGCAAAGAUAGAUAAUAAACCCUUAUUAGGAAAUAUGAGCAAAAUGGCUGUGAAUGUCCUAUAUACACCGGGAUCAUUGUUUCUUCUUGCUCGAUGGAUACCCAAAAUAUGGAUUUGGUGGGUAGGCAUUGUUUGCGUUAUGGGAAAGGCCGAAUUUAUUACCAUAAAGAAUCAAUGGGGUGAAAUUGCGAUUGAGUUCGUAAAUCGAAAAUAUUACGGUGGAACUAUUUCGUCUGUAUUUUCGGUUGAUCAGCUUGAUGAAGAAGAUAUGGCAAGAAAUAAUUCUGAUCCCGAUGAAAUAUUACAUAAUUUACGCUAUUUUGAUCAUCGUUAUAUACGAUUCAUUUAUCAUCCCGGAAUUGGAAAAUUUUUACAAAAUGGCUAUUGGAAAGAUUCAAGCUGGACAUCUACUAAAGUCUUAAAAAAGGGGAUCACUCGUGCCGUUCAUGAUGAACGGAAAAUUAUUUUUGGGCCAAAUAUAAUCGAUGUUCAGGAAAAAUCGGCUUUACGGUUAUUAACAGAUGAGGUCUUACAUCCGUUUUACAUUUUUCAAGUUUUUUCAAUGAUACUUUGGUUUCUCGACGAGUAUUAUUACUAUGCUGCAUGUAUUCUGAUCAUUUCUGCCACAAGUGUUAUUACUACUCUUAUCGAAACAAAACAGACCAUGCAUCGAUUACGUGAAAUGUCAAAAUUUGUCUGUGAUGUGAGGAUCUUUCGCAACGGGUUAUGGAGAUAUUCUUCUUCAGAAGUUUUAGUACCCGGAGAUGUAUUCGAAAUUUCUGAUCCAGGUCUAUAUGUUUACCCUUGCGACGCCAUUUUAUUGACAGGCGAUUGUAUUGUCAAUGAAAGCAUGCUUACCGGAGAGUCGGUUCCGGUUUCAAAAUUGCCCAUCACAGAUGCAUCGUUACGUAUGAUGGAUUUGACAGCGGUCAAUGUUCGGCCAGAAAUUGCCAAACAUUUUCUUUUUUGUGGAACAAAAAUUGUGAGGGUUAGGAAAACCAAGAGCAAUAUCGAUGGAAUUGAAGAUGAAGGAUCCGCAUUGGCAAUGGUUGUCAGGACAGGAUUUAAUACGACUAAGGGUUCCCUUAUUCGAUCGAUGUUAUUUCCAAAGCCAAAUAAGUUUAAAUUCUAUCGAGAUGCUUUUCGUUUUAUUGGGAUUUUAUCUUUAAUAGCCGGAAUUGGGUUUUUUAUAAGUACUAUUAAUUUUAUCCGAAUGGGAGUAAAUAUUCAUCUCAUAAUAGUACGCGCUCUAGAUUUGAUUACUAUUGUGGUUCCUCCUGCUCUUCCCACAACGAUGUCUAUUGGUACAAGCUUUUCUUUAGCUAGGUUAAGGAAAGCACAAAUAUUUUGCAUCAGUCCCGCAAGGGUUAACAUCGGAGGAAAGCUCAAUGUUAUGUGCUUUGAUAAGACUGGCACGCUUACCGAGGAUUGUUUAGAUGUACUUGGGAUACGUUGUACGGAUCACAUAAAAAAUAAAUUCUCUGACCUUCAUACAUCUAUCGAAACUCUUUCCAAUUUAAAUUUGAAUGAUUUAUCCGAAUCUGAUUUCACGUCAAUUUUAUAUGCUAUGGCUACUUGUCAUUCUCUUAAGCUUGUUGAUGGUAAAUUAAUUGGUGAUCCUCUUGAUCUGAAGAUGUUUGAGUUUACAAAAUGGUUAUUAGAAGAAAGCGUGCAGAAUACUUCAUGUCCUCCAAAUUUUACGAGAAUUUCAAACGAAUCCUCAACUUCCUCAUUCCGUCCUGCGACACCUAAUUCAAUGGUAGGGUCUGGUAGUAUUGUUCCAACAGUCGUUAGGCCUCCAGGUAGUCGAAAAUUCGAAUUGUCCGACCUUUUGGAUAAUGACGGGAAAGAUGGAGAAAGGAAGAACACACCAUUUUUGGAGCUCGGUAUUAUUAGAACGUUUGAAUUCGUUUCUUCAUUACGACGUAUGAGCGUUUUGGUUAAACGAUUACGAAGUCCAACAAUAGAGGUUUAUGUUAAAGGAGCACCGGAAGUUAUGCGUGAAAUUUGUAAACCAGAUUCUAUUCCAGAAGAUUACGAUGAAUUGUUAAAUUAUUAUACUCAUCAUGGCUUUCGGGUUAUUGCAUGUGCUUCUAGAAGUUUUGAUAAUUUAAAUUGGAUGAAGGCUCAGAAAAUCAAGAGAGAACAAGUCGAGCAAGAUUUACAAUUCUUGGGAAUCAUAAUAUUUGAAAAUAAAUUAAAGUCCGGCACAUCACCUGUCAUUGAGAAACUUAAACGCGCAAAAAUUCGGCAAAUUAUGUGUACAGGUGACAACGUCCUCACUGCUAUAAGCGUAUCUCGUGAAUGCGGGUUAAUCAAUAAAAAUACAAAAGCGUAUGUACCAAGAUUCAUCCAAGGAUCUUCGAUUACUCCUAGAGCCGAAAUUGCAUGGGAAAGCUUGGAUGAUCCGAAAGAUGUAUUAGAUUCGAAGACAUUAAAGCCGUUAAUACAACCACCAUCAAACUUUUCCAACGAAUAUCCAAUGAUCAACUCUUGUGAUUAUGAUCUUGCUGUUACAGGUGAUAUAUUCCGAUGGAUGAUAGAUUUUGCUGAUGAAGUUACAUUAUUCAAAAUGUUUGUUAAAGGGCAAAUAUUUGCUCGUAUGUCACCUGACGAGAAACAUGAACUUGUAGAAAAGCUACAACUAAUGGGAUAUUGUGUUGGAUUCUGUGGAGACGGUGCCAAUGAUUGUGGUGCUUUAAAAGCAGCUGAUGUCGGCCUAUCUUUAUCUGAAGCUGAAGCUUCUGUGGCAGCUCCUUUUACAAGCCAUACAAUGGAUAUUGGUUGCGUUAUAGAAGUUAUCAAGGAGGGUCGUGCGGCCCUAGUUACAAGUUUCAGCUGCUUCAAGUACAUGGCUUUAUACAGUAUUAUUCAAUUCACCACGGUCAGUUUGCUAUAUUCUUUUGCUUCUAAUCUUGGAAACUUUCAGUUUCUUUACAUAGACUUGUUCUUAAUAUUACCUGUUGCCGUUUUAAUGGGUCGCACGGAACCUUACCCACUUAUAAAUCCCAAACGACCCACCGCAAGCUUAGUAUCCAGACGAGUGCUAACAUCCCUUAUUGGUCAAAUUUUAAUUCAAUCAGGGUUUCAAAUUUUUGUUUAUCUAUUAAUACGCGAACAACCUUGGUAUAAACCACCUGUUAUCGAUCCAGAUGAUACGAACAUUGUUUGCUUUGAGAAUACCAUAUUGUUUAUUUUAUCAUGCUUUCAGUACCUUUUGAUUGCAGCAGUUUUCAGUGUUGGACCACCUUACAGAAAACCCAUGCAUAGCAACGGUUAA